CCGCUGCCCUCUCCAUCGUGGGCAGGCCCUGGAUGAUCCUGCUGGCCAUGAGGCUCCUCCUGAUGGCCCUGAUGACCGCAACCCUGGCAGCAGCCCAGCCGAGGCCUAGAGAGCAGGUCACCCCAGGGGGACCAGAGGCCCAGCUGAUGUGCCACAUCUGCGAGGUGAAGAAUAACUACCUGUGUGAGAACCCAGUGCCCUGCGAGUGGAAUGAGACCUACUGCCUGCUGGUGGCCUUGCGGAUCGACAAAUACAACGUGCUCGUUUCCAAGACCUGCUCCUUGUACUGUCCCUUCACCAAAGAAAUCAGAAGGGAAUUCUCGGCGUCCUCCUUCGAGUAUGCUCAGUGCUGCAGCCGCAACCUGUGCAACAUGCCCAGUUCAGGCAGUGGUCCCCUGAAUCACUGGGGGAUGUUGAUGUUGCUGGGGACCCUCGGCCUCGGUUUCCUCACCCCCAGGGCCGGGCUGGGGCUGGGGAGAGGGGUGGUGCUGUGGGACUCCCCCCAUAGAGGCUAAGCUGCCCCCCAUCCCUGCUGGGAGAAGGGCCACAGAGUCAGGGCAGGGCCUUCCAGGGCCUGCAGCUCCCAGUGUUGGUGGCAGAGAAGGCCAGAGGCUCUUUCCCUACUGGAAACCGCACAUCCGCUCCCCACGGCCUGAAAUGGAGCCAGCCAGUGGGCAUUCUGGUUCGGUGAUGAAA